AAUUUUUUCCGCCGCGUCCAGGAUUUUUAGAAGUGGAGGUGGGAGGGAGCAAUGAUGCAGAAAUCACCAAAAAAUUGGGGCGGGGAAAGGGAGCUACAGUGUGGAAGGAGAGCCAGUUACAAAAGUUGCAGCAGAAAGUUUGGGAGGCUGGGCGGGUUCUCUAGACCCAGGAAAGGAGCCAGAGCCAAGGCUGCAGGACUUUUUCGAACUUCUGUGAUUCGCGGCGGGGGAUGCUGGACAAAAAUAUGGAACUGAUUUCCUCAGCAGUGAUUGCAAUCCUAGGUUGUGUUGCUCUGUUUUUGUUCCUUCAGUGGAAGAAUUUUCGUAGACCUCCGUGCAUCCGAGGCUGGAUUCCGUGGGUUGGAGCUGGAUUGGAGUUUGGAAAAGCCCCUCUAGAAUUUAUAGAGAAUGCAAGAAUCAAGUAUGGACCAAUAUUUACAGUCUUUGCUAUGGGAAACAGGAUGACCUUUGUCACUGAAGAAGAGGGAAUUAAUGUAUUUCUAAAAUCCAAAAAUGUAAAUUUCGAACUAGCAGUGGAAAAUACCGUCCAUCGUACAGCAUCAAUUCCAAAGAAUAUCUUUUUAACACUGCAUGAAAAACUCAAUGUUAUAAUGAAAGGGAAAAUGGGAACUGUCAAUCUCUAUCAAUUCCCUGGGCAAAUGACUGAAGAAUUACAUGAACAGCUGGAGAAUUUAGGCACUCAUGGGACAAUGGACCUGAACAACUUAGUAAGGCAUCUCCUUUAUCCAGUCACAGUGAAUGUGCUAUUUAAUAAAGGUUUGUUUCCUACAAACGAGAGGAAAAUCAAAGAGUUCUAUCAGCAUUUUCAAACUUAUGAUGAAGGUUUUGAGUAUGGGUCCCAGAUGCCAGAAUACCUCCUAAGAAACUGGUCAAAGUCUAAAAAAUGGUUCCUAGCCCUGUUUGAAAAAAAUAUUCCAGAUAUAAAAACAUACAAAUCUGCAAAAGGUAAUUCCAUGACAUUAUUUCAGGCUGUGAUGGAUAUUAUAGAGAAGAUAACAAAUGAACAAAACUGUCCCAAUUAUGGGCUCUUAAUGCUUUGGGCUUCUCUGUCUAAUGCUGUUCCUGUUGCAUUUUGGACACUUGCAUUUAUCCUUUCUCAUUCCAACAUCCACAAGGCCAUUAUGGAAGACAUAUCGUCUGUGUUUGGCACAGCAGGCAAAGAUAGGAUUAAAGUAUCUGAAGAUGAACUGGAGAAACUCCUUCUAAUCAAAUGGUGUAUUUUGGAAACCAUUCGUUUAAGAGCCCCUGGUGUCAUUUCUAGAAAAGUGAUGAAGCCAGUUAAAAUUUUGAAUUACAUCAUUCCUUCUGGUGACUUGUUGAUGUUGUCUCCAUUUUGGCUACAUAGAAACCCAAAGUAUUUUCCUGAACCUGAACUGUUCAAACCUGAACGUUGGAAAAAGGCAAAUUUAAAGAAGCACGCUUUCUUGGACUGCUUCAUGGCAUUUGGAAAUGGGAAGUCCCAGUGUCCUGGAAGGGAAAUCCAGGAAAGGGCAUUUUGUCUGGUCAGCCCGUGGUGUUGUGCAGUGUCUUUGUGGGGAUGUCCAAAGUGGCUUCUGAUAGGAGACCUCAUGAAAAGAAAAUAUUGUACUUGCAGAUGCCAGAUAAAAACCAGGUUUAUGGCUCAAAUGCUCAGCUUUUAUGCAAGAAUAAUUGGAAGUGGUUUGAAUGCCAACGUUCUUUUAAAAACAAAGAUAAAAUAACAUUC